CGGGGUUGCAAAGAGUUGGACAUGACUCUUUGUAAAAGAGUGACCAACACUUUCACACUUUGAUUUCCUCUUCCAGCUCCCCAACACCUCUCCCAACCUACCCAUGGAGGAUAGCUUUUUCCUGCCAUCCCUGUUGUUUAAAAGGCCAGGCUGGGACUUUCCUGGUGGCCCAGUGGUUAGGACUCCGUGCUGCCACUGUAGGGGGCAUGGGUUCGAUCCCUGGUCGGGGAACUAAAACCCCGCAAGCCAUGUGAUGUAGCAAAUAAAUAAAUAAUAAAAGUAAAAGGCCAGGCUGAGGGCUUGGAAAGGGAGGUGUUGGCAUGGGUCAGGAGUAGGGAGCCCAGGCUCAGAGAAAGCCAGACGCAGCAGAACUAUUCUGUCCCAGGGCUGCAGGAUCCACAGAUUCCAGCCCAAACCAGCCAAUCGGAGAAGGCCCCCUAAUCCCAGAGAACUAAAGAAUUCUCGUCAGUUAUCUAGCUCCCCUGCCGGACUCCACUCCUGACCCCCACCCCCACCCUUACCCCUGGCCAGUUCAGAGGAGCCUAGAGGCCCCCAGGAGCAUAGCCUCAUGCUCUGUGACAUGAACUCAGCUUCACUAACCUUCCCAGCAGAGCUGGGGAACGUUCUAAUGUAGAUGUCAGUCAGGACUAUGAACCCCAGCUUUGACAUGAAGAGAAAGGCAGACUCCUCCAGUCCCCCCAUUCUCCGUCCUUUCUUCUCGGAGCCUCACACCAGCCCUGACCCCAUCCCCACCCUCACGUCCGUGGCUCUGCUCAUCUCGCAACUGAGGAGGGAGGGGGAAAUGCUGCAGCUUUAUCCGAUGCACCAGAGCAGGCCGGCCCGCCACAGCCAUGAAGGGGUUAAGAGGCUGGGCCGGUCACCUCAGCCUGCCCCUCCCAGGGAUUAGAAGUCCUCUAUAAAGGGGACUGUCCAUGCAGAUCGGGCCAGGGGGGUGUCAGGGACCCAGGCGCCGUGCCCAUCCCCCCUGCCAUGUGGGAGCUGCGGUCAGCCUCCUUCUGGAGGGCCAUAUUCGCUGAGUUCUUUGCCACCCUCUUCUAUGUCUUCUUCGGGCUGGGGGCCUCGCUGCGUUGGGCCCCGGGACCCCUGCACGUCCUGCAGGUGGCUCUGGCCUUCGGCCUGGCCCUGGCGACCCUGGUGCAGGCGGUGGGCCACAUCAGUGGCGCCCACGUCAACCCCGCGGUCACUUUCGCCUUCCUGGUGGGCUCCCAGAUGUCCCUGCUCCGCGCCAUCUGCUACAUGGUGGCCCAGCUCCUGGGGGCCGUGGCCGGGGCCGCGGUGCUUUACAGCGUCACCCCGUCGGCCGUCCGAGGAAACCUAGCGCUUACCACGCUGCACCCUGGGGUGAGCGUGGGCCAGGCCACCAUAGUGGAGAUCUUCCUGACGCUCCAGUUCGUGCUCUGCAUCUUUGCCACGUACGACGAGAGGCGGAAUGGCCGCCUGGGCUCCGUGGCCCUGGCUGUGGGCUUCUCCCUCACCCUGGGGCACCUCUUUGGGAUGUAUUAUACUGGUGCAGGCAUGAACCCUGCCCGCUCCUUUGCUCCUGCCAUUCUUACCAGAAACUUCACCAACCACUGGGUGUACUGGGUGGGCCCCGUCAUUGGAGCAGGCCUGGGCAGUCUCCUUUAUGACUUUCUCCUCUUCCCCCGGCUCAAGAGUGUUUCUGAGAGACUGUCUAUUCUCAAGGGUACCAGGCCCAGCGAGUCCAAUGGACAACCAGAGGUCACAGGGGAACCUGUUGAACUGAAGACCCAGGCCCUGUAAAAGCUCCAGCUGGAGAGAGUGAGCAGGAAGCUUCUGGGUUUACAUGGAGGGGCUGAGCCAGCCCCCGGAUGAAGAAAGAGACUGUGGGGAGGGGCAUGUACUUCUUUAUUUUUAAA